ACACAGGUUGCAAUGCAUGCAAGUCAGCACGGAAUCACGCCUUGUGCUGAGCAGGGCACAUCACAUCGUCGACCACGCUGAACUGACUGUCAGUCGCACUUGUCGCUUUGGCUACACGCACACGCGCAUGCACACGCAGAUCAUCCACACGAGCGCACGCAACAGAUGGUGUCUCGGGCUAUGCAGGCACACAUGCAUUACACGCAGGAGCCGUCGGCUCUCAUCAUCCCUACUAGACACGGGAAAAUGCCCCCAGCAGACCCCCAACAAAACACCGACUGACGCAAAACCACACCAAAAACAACUCACGCAAAAUCAGCCUUCAGUCCAUCAUGGCAUUCGUCAUGUCUCAUCUCUGUCCUCAUCUCCUGUCUCCGUUUGUGACGCCGCCCUGCAGUGUGGGCGACUGCCUGCCUGCUGUGUAUGUGCUGUCGCUUGCACCACCGUCAGGCGAGGGCGACAGGUCGAGGAGGGCCUGGUCGUUGGUCGUCAUGUAGGACGACAGGAUGUCGCUCUUCUCCUCUUCCAAACGACUGCGCAGCUCACGCACCGAAUACUGGGGAAUGAAGAUAAUGGUCCAGACCGCCCCGAUGAGUGACAGUCCGCCCGACACGGCCAUGGUGAUCCACUGUGGCUCUACAGUGAGGUAAGCAUACAUGAAACCUCCGAGCACCGCACCCAUCUUUCCUGCAGGAGGAAACACCCAGAAAAACAGAAGACAGAAAUGCACCGGGCGCACAUGCAUGGUUUCCCGCUCACUCACCGCUGGCAGCAGAGAUGCCAUGGAAUGUCCCUUUCACCACCGAGGGGAAGAAUUCUCCGGGAAUGACGUAUGUGCUCAUUCCUGGUCCCGCUGCAUUGCAGGCCAUGGCGAGGGUGAAGAGCGUCACCUUGAUCAUCGCCGGGGUCCCGUCCACCCCCCACACACCCAGGGCCACCGCCAGGAGACCGAAGAACACGCCCAUACCCGUGAAACCAGCGGUUUGGCAGUUCUUGCGGCCCAGAGUCUCAACCAACACUAUCGACAGGGCGUAGCUGCAAGAAAUGGAAAAGGGAAGGAGAUGUCAGGACGGCGCGUGUGCAUGAUAUCAUCCUCCGUCAAAGUGUUUUCCAAACCUGGCUCACCCUGGGCUGCUGAAGGCAGUGAUGGCCAGCGUGUUUAGCGCCUCAGCCUGCCAAAUGAUGGACCACCAUCCGUUAGUCUAUCGCUCCACCUCACUGCUCGUGCGUUCUGCUCACCUUCGGGCCAGACCCCAGGUUCAACAAAACCGUGAUUUCGCCCAUGAAGGUCCCAAUGCCGUAGAUGACGAUGUCGUACACGGCCCAAGCGACCGCCGUGCCAACCAGGUGGAAGCGCAACCGCUUCAGAUAGCGAUAGAAACUUCCCUUCUGCCGCCUAAGAGCCGACGUAGCGCGGAACCUGAUGAACAUCGAUAGACAAUGGUGGUGAGCCGAGUGCGAGGCGAGGCGUGUGUGGGUGCUUUGUACCUGUCAGACUCCAUCAUGUUCCACCGGACCGUGAAUGCUAAGAGGCACGGGAGACAGCCAAUCGCCAGCGACAGCCGCCACGUCAGUCUGGCCGACAGGCCGGCUGACAGCAACGACCAGAUGACCAGAGGGGACACGAGGCCGCCCACACCCAUCAUCGAGUAGACAGUGGCGGCUCGACGCCCCGACGUCUCGGGACUGCUGCUCUCCGAACUGAUACAGCGACAUUCAAGCACCCCCACAGCACAGAUCCAUCCAUUCAGUGUGAGGACGUCGCCGACACUGCUUGCUUACGUGACGGAUGCAGAGAGGGGAUACUCGCCACCGAUGCCAAAGCCAAGCAGCAGCUGGAAGGCGCAUAGCAUGGCGGUCAGACUGCACCACGAUGUGUGAACGCUGAGGCUGCUGCCGAGUGCACCAAUCAUCAUACAGAUGCACGUCACUAUGCAGAUCACCCGCCGACCUGAGAGAAUGGACACAACCAUAGGUGGCGGCCUCAUGACUCGCCUCUCUGCCUCCCUGCCACCCACCUACUUAAGUACCUAUUUGAUCAGCGAAGGUGCCAAAGCAGAGUUGUCCCAGCACCGUGCCCACAUAAAUGACACUCCCCAGCAGGCUCUUCUCAUGCACUGUCAGCGGCACUCCUCUCGCCUCGCCGACCAGGUCCUUGACGAGAUUGAUCAGCGUGAGGAAGUACAAAUCACAGAAUAUCCCCAGGGCUGAACUGACCAUGGCCAUUUGGCCGGCCCGCCUCUGCUUGGCCUCGUCGACUGGCCCUUCUCUUUCGACAACCUCAGCUGCAUCGAGAUAGACCCGCCGUGUGUCGCUCGCACGGACUUGCGGGGAAGUCAUGUCAGGAGGCAUAGAGCGAUGCAGCUCGGAGGGCGUGGAGGCUGUCGUAUACGCGGAGGAGGCCGCGAUAAGCGGCGUGAGUUCUUCUGCUGCUGUCCUGGGGUAGUCGAUGCGCUGUUUGAGCUGCUGAGGCAUGACUUACAGGCAGUCAGGCCGCCGCCAGCAUCAUCUUUCAAGCGGGAGCUGCUGGUGGUGCCGUUCGGAGUUAGAGCGGAGACCGAGU